CCUUGUAUUCCGACCGUCACUGUCUCGCGGGUGUGGCCAUCUGCUACACUGCUCUGCCUCUCACUCUGUGUCUGUUGUGAACAACAUCUGCUCCGCGUCGAUCCAGUCGAGCAAUCCGACGAGCGUGCUGGUCAUCUGAACUUGAAAACAGCUUUGAAGCACUUCUGAAAUACAUCGCUGAGAUCGCCCCUCGUCCACCCGUUUCACCCUCAACAUCGUGACAAUGAAUCGCUACAAUCCUUAUCAAACCCCACACGAAAGUCCACAGUCACGAAGAGGAGGCCCUCCGAACGGUUUUGGGCCUGACAGAUCACACCGCUUCGACUCGGGCGCCCCUCCCCGUGGUAGAGGGUUUGGCCGUGGCCGCGGCCGCGGGCGAGGCGAUUGGCAUGGUCACAGCGGUGGCCAAUACGGUGGCAGUCAUGAUGGAGGGUUUACCUCAUACGAUCAGGGUCCUCCGCAAGGAGGGGACAUGGGAAGCUUUAACAGCAGCUACGACUCUACGUCCGGGCAAGAUACCUUCUAUCAGAACGGCAACUUCGAUGCGAGCGGACCUGGACAGUACGGUCAGGGCUAUGGCGACAACUUUGAAGACGAUUCAGGUGGUUAUGACCAGAGUGGCUUUGGAGGGCGUCCUAAACGUGUCCAGCGUCCAAGGGAGGAAAAGGUGCAUGACUCAAUAAUUGAGGAUCGCAUACAGCGAGAGCGCCCCUGUCGUACACUCUUCAUUCGUAACAUUAAGUACGAGACGAGCAGUGACCACGUCCGCGGCUUAUUUGAGGAGCAUGGCGAGAUCAAGACGUUCUUUGAUUUGAUCGCUAAUCGGGGGAUGGUGUUCGUCACUUACUAUGAUCUGCGUGCUGCAGAACGAGCCAGGGAAAGACUGCAAGGCUCGGAGAUAAGCAGCCGUCCGAUCGAUGUCCAUUACUCGUUGCCCCGCGACGACGGUGGAAGAGGGGCCGAGAAAGACAAACAGCAACAGCUGCAGGGAACACUCAUAGUGACUCUAAGGAAUUCUGCUUCAGGUCAGCCGAUUGAUGACAACGAAGUCCGCCGGAAGUUUCAGCAAUUCGGUGAUGUCAAGUCUGUAAGGCCGGCAGGGGAUCGUAUGGACCAACGCUUCGUUGAGUUCUACGAUACAAGGGCAAGCGAUGAGGCCCAUGAUCGGCUACGCCACCAAGGACUGCAAGAUGGUGUAAUGGAGAUCGUCUUCGCAGCUCAGGAAGAGGACGAACACGGUGCCUCGCCAAGGUGAGUGUGAGUCGCAUGUCCAGGGAGUCUUCUGACCAUUCGUGACAGGCGCGAGGAACGAGGGGGUUA